AUGCUACGACACGGUCACCGUUACGGUUACCAACCUCGCUCAAGCAUGGAGCCAAACGAUUCUGAGCUGGACGAAUCCGAUUCAGGAGACCGCGUGGGACUGUUGCAGCCGAGGCCCGGGGGUGGGGGAGGCCGGCCGGACCAGGUGGACUGGAGGGCGACUGGCCUCGCGUUCCUUUUCCCCGCCAUCGGCGGAUUGCUCUUUGGGUGGGACAUUGGCACCACAUCCGGCGCGCUCACCUCCAUAAUGGACCCAAACACGUCAGGCGUGGACUGGUAUGCGCUCGACUCGUUCCAGCAGGGGAUGGUCGUGAGCACCUCGCUCGCGGGUGCGCUACUCGCAUCCGCGGCGGCGGCGGUGAAGGUGGGCGACGAGUUCGGGAGUAAAACAGAGCUGCAGCUCGCCGCACUUUUCUAUGGUGCUGGUGCGAUUGUCCAGGGCCUCGCGCCGUCGCUCGGUGUGCUCAUUAUGGGAAGAUUCACAUACGGUUUAGGAAUCGGUUUCGCCAUGCACGCCGCACCGAUGUACAUCGCGGAGACCGCGCCGCCGUCUGUCCGGGGAUUGCUUAUAUCCCUCAAAGAGGGCUUCAUCGUCGGAGGCAUCAUGCUCGGAUACCUGGGCUCGUAUGUCAUCUUCGGCCAGGACGAAGGGUGGAGGAGCUUGCUGUCAACCCCGGCUGUGCCGGCAGCAGUGCUGAUGUUGGGCAUGUCUCGCCUGCCAGACUCUCCGCGCUGGCUUCUGCAGCGCGGUCGCCCCGCCUCAGAGGCGAGGGAAGCACUCGAGCAGGUACGAGGCAAGAAGGCCAACAGAGACAUCGUGGAUGCGGAGAUGGCACGGAUGGUAUCCUCCGACCACCAUGUCGGCGGCAUCAACGAGCUGUUCAGGCGCGAGAACCUGCGGCCCCUGUACAUCGGCAUCUCCGUCGUGCUCUUCCAGCAGAUAACCGGUCAACCCAGCGUGUUGUACUAUGCCGAGCAGGUAUUCAUCAACGCCGGAUACGACCCAGCGGAUGGUGCGGGCGUCGCUGUCAUCCUUGGUUUCUUCAAGCUCCUGAUGACUGGUGUCGCGGUGGCGUUUGUGGACUCUGCAGGGCGACGGCCGUUGCUACUCGGCGGCGUCGGCAUUAUGACACUUUCCGUGUUGACGCUUGCGGUUUGCAGUGAAACAAUGGCCAGCGGAGACGUAGCGGGCACAUCCUUCACUGCGCGCGCUUCAGUUGCUGCCAUCUUUGCGUACGUUGGAGCCUACCAGGUGUCGUUUGGUCCGAUUGCAUGGCUGCUCGUCGGCGAGAUAUUCCCUCAACGGGUCCGCAGCGCAGCUGUUGGCACUGCGACACUUACCAAUUUCUUCUCCAAUUUUCUCGUCUCGCUGUACCUGCCCACCCUUAACGAGAACUUGGGUACCGCAGGAACUUACUAUCUGUUCUCCGUCAUGUCAGUUGUUGCACUGUCUUCCAUCUACCUGACUGUCCCAGAGACGAAGGGGAAGACGCUGGAGGAAAUCGAGGAGAGCCUGAGAUAGAGUUUUCAUCACACCUUGUGUUGCUUUUCCACUCGUGUACGCGCAUCACCGGCGGAGGAUCCUGGCGUCGACUGAGCGUUAGUCUAGCUAGCUUGUUUUCUCGCUCCGGCGCUUCGGCGAAUCGGAAUACAUAGUCUACGGGUAAAUCGUACAUCAAACGGGGUUUUUGAGCUUCACGCGCGCGGCUCAACGCUCCUCUGAAUCG